AUGCGGAGUCACCUCCUCCGUCUACCAGAGGUCGUCUCUUUCCCUCUUCCACCGCCACCACGCUGUGGAACUCGCCGCUGGACAGUGCGGACAGGACACGAAAAGCGGGAUUCUUGGAGGAAGCCACAUCUGACCGGACUGCCUCUAAAUGGAAUCUGGCUCUGGAAAAGAAGCGACUGUCUCUCCACAUCGGUUGCCAUGGCGACGGCAGCAUGGUAUCACCGUGACAUCAGCCGCGUGCACGCAGAGGACUUGCUGGCACGAGCCGGGAGGGAUGGAAGCUUCCUGGUCAGAGACAGUGAAUCAGUGCCGGAAGCCUUUGCUCUAUGCCUCCUGUUCCAACGCCAUGUCCAUACAUAUCGGAUCCUCCCCGAUGAAGACGGCCUCCUUGCCGUGCAGCAGACCACACAAGGAGUGCAGGUCAACUGUUUCCGAACACUGGAGGACCUCGUUCUUGGAUACCAGCACCCGCACAAAGGCUUGGUCACACCAUUGCUUUACCCGGUUCCCCGUGACGCCGAUACCGGAGAUGAGAGUUCAGAUGAUGAGAAGACACCUCAAAGUUUAGCUUCUGCCAACACCAUCGCAACACCAACGGCAAAACCAGAGCCCCACGCUCGAUUCCUGGAUCAGUUGCAGGAAGUCAACACAUCCAGUACUGCCAGCGAUGUGAUCGGACUGCUCAACGAUUAUCUCUUCAGCCAGCUGCCCCUGGACAUUCAGGACGUGCAUAAAGGGGCGACGAGCCUCUUCCACCUCAAGCGGACUCUGGGUCUUGCCUGCCAGGGCCUGAACAGUGAGAUCGACCUGACUCUCUCGAGUCUGGAAACUCUGGCCAAGGUUUUUGACCACCCUAGCUGCUCUUUAUCAUCCACAAAUUCUCAGGGUCCCGAUAUGGAGAUGGACGCCUUGCUUUGUAAGAUUUCCGCCUUGGUCAGCCUACUUUCGUCUCUGGAGAAAAAGGUACUCAAGGCUCUACAAGAUGCAGUAACCAAUCACAAUCUGGCCGUGCAGCCGAACCCUCCUCCUCCGGAACCAACGGCCACCGUUACGCCGUCUGCCAAGAACCACGAAUGUCGUCCGCUGCCAGUUCACUCCUUUCAAGUAAAGAUGCUACGCUACGGCAGGCAAACCGUUUCUGUAGAUGUGGAUGCAGGCGUGCUGCUCUUUGACGGGAAAUCCUCCUCAUUCGAUGUAGAGCGGGUCUCGCACGACAGAGUCCUUCAGGUUGUCAAAUACCAGAGUAGUCCCGCCAAGGUACGCCUGGUGAUAGACAGCCACCACAAUGCGCCAAGGGAGAUGAUAUUUGAGAGUACAAGGAAGUGCCACUCCUUCUGCCAACUCAUCCAGCUGAUGAAAACAAGGCACUCCGAGUUGAGCGAACCUGACGUCAUCUCUGUUUUUGUCGGCACCUGGAAUAUGGGCGGUUCACCUCCGCCUCGCAGCUUGCAGUCGUGGGUCACCUGCUGCGGUUUGGGGCACACCCCCGACCAGUCGACGGCGUCGCUGCCUCAUGACGUCUACGCCUUGGGCACGCAGGAAAACCCUCAAGGGGAGAAGGAAUGGGCGGAACAUAUUAAAGUGGCCCUUCGCAGCCACACACAAAUCGACUUCAAACAAGUGGCAGUGCAGUCCCUCUGGAACAUGCGCCUGGCGGUGUUUGUCAAGCCGGAGCACGAGAGCCGAGUCAGCCAUGUGAGCACUGCCAGUGUGAAGACUGGCCUGGGGAACACUCUCGGGAACAAGGGAGCGGUCGGUGUGUCAUUUCACGUCAAUGGAACUUCUUUUGGGUUUGUCAACUGCCACCUGACCUCAGGAAGUGACAAAGUUCUGAGGCGGAACCAAAACUUUGUGGACAUCCUCAGGCUCCUUUCGUUAGGCGACAAACACCUCGGCGCCUUUGACAUCAGCCUGCGCUUCACCCACCUCUUCUGGUGCGGAGACCUUAACUACCGACUGGACCUGGACGUACAGGACAUUUUGAAGCAUGUAUCCAAAAGGGAGUUUGAGGAGCUCAUGUGUGCGGACCAGCUGACCCGAGAGAGACACAAGAGGAAAGGCUUUCUCUAUUUUCAGGAAGAGAAGAUUGCAUUUCCCCCCACCUAUCGGUACGAAAGAGGCUCUCGAGACUGCUACCUGUGGCAAAAGUACAAGACUUCAGGGGUGCGAGUCAAUGUUCCGUCAUGGUGCGACAGGAUUUUGUGGAAGUCGUACCCUGACACGCACGUAAUGUGCACGGCAUACGGGUGCACAGAUGACAUUUUCACCAGUGACCACUCACCUGUUUUCGCCACCUUUCAAGUGGGCGUGACAUCUCAUUUCAGCUCCAAAACUGAUCCAGGUGCUGGCGUGGAGAGGGCCUGGGUUGAGCUGGAAGGCAUCGAGGCCAUCGUGAAGACAGCCAGUAAAGAAAAGUUUUUCAUUGACUUUUCUUCACCUUGUCUCGAAGAGACACGGCGUUCGAGUGAGAACGACUCUCAAAGCUGUGACGUCCCAGGCUUUCUCAAACUGGCCUGGUCCUUCAAACAGCUGCCCAAGCUGCUUCCGUACAGAUCUGACAUGGACUACCUCCAGGAUCAGCACCUGCUGCUGUCUGUCAAGUCAUGUGAUGGUUUCGAGUCAUACGGUGAAUGCUGUAUCGCUCUCCGCUCCCUUGUCGGUGCAUCAGAGCAGUUUGAGACCUUCCUGAGCCACCGGGGUGAGGAAAUCGGCUCCAUCAGAGGACGCGUCCGCAUUCACGUGCCUAAGGACCGACGAGCGACCCGCCAGAAGUCCUACGAGUGCUUCCGUUUCGAGAAGGAAGAUAAAUGUCCCAGCCGAGGACACAUGUCCCCUGCAUCCACACGAGUCCAAAUGAACAGGUCCUCUGCAGCUCCUCCCAAGGCAACACCAAGCAGCUACACCAACCCGGCCUACUUCAUUUUCGAGGGCGUGUCGGUGGUCCGCGGCAUUGAGGAGGCCCUGCCCCAGCGGAGGGACCCGCACGUGAUCUGGGCCGGGAACGAGGCUCUGCAGCUCCCAAAAAUCUCAGGGAAGCACGUGUUCAACACAAAACCCUGUCGCCGAUCAAACUUUACCGAAAUCGAAAUUCCCGCCGUCCUUCCCCAGUACGCCGCUGCGUCCGCUCAACUUCAGAUGCCUCAAGGCAACUCCUCUUACGAGCUCUUCCCCGCCAAAAAGCCUUCUCCCAUAUCUCCCCCCAGCAGUAAAAGCCCCUCCCAAUGUCAGGAGUACAUUUCAAAACCUAAAUACCGCGCUAAAAACAUUUGCCAUGACUCUAUAUUACCGGAGAAGAACCUGAGAAACUUGUACAUGAAUCAAUCUGCGAUCAUGCGGCAAAAAGCCAGGAGGGAUCUCCCGGAGAGGACCGAUCCUAUUCGGAAAACAAAAGCGCCGCCUGUUUUCCAAUUCACCCCCGUUCCCGUACCUUUGAGCCACUCUCGGCCUGCUCCUUGGGUGACGGAACAGCAGCAGCAGCAGCAGUCCGGGCGAACUGGAGACAACUCCCUCACCGCUUUGCAGAUUGCCAAGUCACUCAGUGAGGUUGACUUCUUCCCCUCAAAGCAGGGCGCCCCAUCCUAUCCCAGCCAGAAGUCAGGCUACCGGAACGAGCCUGCGUUCCACAUGGAGAGGCGCCACAGUUGGGAGAAUGAGGUAUCUGUGCUCCAAGGUGCUCCAGAGACCGUCUGCGAGCUCCUCAGUGCCCUGGGCCUUCAGAAGUACACGUUGGGACUCAGCCUCAAUGGCUGGGAUGAUCUUGAUUACUUCAGCGGCAUCACAGAAGACGAUCUAUGUGCUGCAGGAGUCACCAAUUCUUCUCACCGGCGCAGGAUCUUGGAGAACCUGCCCAGGAACUGGAACUGAGAUGCACUCCAUUCAAAGAAAAUGGACAGGAAGAAAAAGACAUUUGUGGCUAAAAGGAUGGCGUUGGUCAGGUUUCAUUUUAGCACUUCACUUGUGGCGAUUGUGGAGUCAGCUUCAACUUCAGGGAUUUUGUCUAGACUUGAUGUUUAUGCCUCUUCCGUCCAAUGAGAGUUUUUAAGGUACAUGAAGUACAUUUGGAUUUAUGUAAGUCUGCCAUGUGCAAUUUGGGGAUGAUUUUCUUGAGAUUUUCACAAACCGCUGCUCUAUAUGGAAGCUACAAGCCAAGAAAACGAUAUCUGCUUCCGACGCAAUUUCCUUUCGCCACUCUGCUAGUGUUCCUUGCUGCACGACGCGAGUCACUUUAGCUUUUUUUGUUUUGUUUACUGAAUCAGAACCGGGUUGGGUUUUUGAAUCUCUUUGUAGUCGCUUUGGUUUUCAAACAAUUCAAACUUUGACCAAAAAUAUGCUCUGAGAAUCAAAGAAGUUCUCGUUACAUGAUCAAAAACAGACGACGAUUGGAAAAUUGUCCAAAUAUGCAUUCCUCUGAACAAGUUUUUACUUUAUAUUUUGCUGUGUGUGAACAUUCAUAAAAAUUUCACAGCGAUAAUAGCCCGAUUAAAAUGCUAACCGCAUUAACAAAAGAAAAACAAAAUGUAAGGCUAGCCACAUUUUUUUGUGUUGACAAUGGCAAUUCGUGAAUUUUAAGAUUACCUGGUGAAAAUUUGUUUUGAUGAAUUUUUAACCCCUUAAUAGGACUAUCAUGUUCCAUGGCUUUUUGCAGGAGACGUGACUUGCCAUAGAUAGAUAAGAACUCAAUUAAAAUGAACGCUGAUGCAACAUAUUGGCAGAUAAGCACUACUUUUGUCUGAACAAAGCAGAUGACUGUAAAGUAGGUCCUUGACACCAGGAGACCACAAGAUGGUGGCCAGGCAAUAAUUAUAUCUAAACAAAGCUUCAUUUUAACAUCCGUUCCUUGCCACCAAGAUACUGCAAGAUGGCAGAUAUAGUACUUUUAUUACUUUAGCCCAAACACCGACAUAGCAGCAGCUAACAAAGUAGAUGAUCCCCUCAAAAAAAUCCAAGCAGAUUAAAAUACUUUACAAGUCAAAUCAUAAACACUGUAAUUGAGUUUAAAGGGAUGCCCAUAAGGUUUAUAAAUAAAAAGAAAUAAAAAGUUGAACAGAAUGUUUGGUAGUAGUCCCAGUGUACUCAUCCUCUGUAAAAUAUACAAUUAAUAUUGAGUUUUCUUUCUAGGUGGCAUUCAUAUUAUCUGCAUUAUCUGAAAGCAAGUGUUUGCUAUUCAUUCACUCUCUCCCCACUGAGUGUAUUUUCUGCCACGUUUGAGCCUGCAGCCGAGCUCGUAAAAUCCCACAAAUAAACCUUUAGUGGCAUCAUAUCUGUACAUGCCUAGUCAUGUCGAUUGGGCUCUCUUUACAGUCUCAUACUUUCUAAUCAGCACAUGUUUCUGUACACAAGUAAAGUGCAUUAGAUGACCUUCAGCAAGCAAUCCCAUUUGUCUGUUUUUACAGUUGACCAGUAGGGGCAGAAGAUAAUGUUUCUUUCAUUUGAGUGAGCAAAGCACACAAUCACACUGCACUAGGCAACACACUCAAACUCAAUUUGACAGAUUGUAUUAUUAUUAUUUGUUUGGUCUGGCUUCACAUUGACUCUCGCCAAAAUCCCAGUGUGACAGUGACCGUGUACAUUUUGCUGCUGUCGUUACUGAUUAAAGAUCAACCAAACAAAA